AUGGAUCUGCUUGAGCCAUCUCCGCGCGCACCACUGCCGUCGUCGCAGCGCAGUCCUGGGGGCGAAGGCGGAGCGGACGAUGUGAAGCAGGGGCGAUGCAGCAUGGACGAGACGGAGAGCGUGAAGGCGAUGACAAUGACGACAACGACGGCCAUGUCUUCUCCUGGUCGCAGGCAUGACCGAACGACACGAAUCAGCAAAGCCUGUGACAUGUGUCGGGCACGGAAAGUGAAGUGCGAUGCCGCUCAGCCAUGUCGAUCCUGUCGUGAGCUCGGCGUUGCCUGCACGACACAGUACGUCUCGCGUCGACGAGGUCCGGCGAGCAAGUACGCUGUCCAUUCGGGAGCGACUGUGUGUGUGCCAUCGCCUGGAUCCGACGUUGUGGCAGCAUCGGCCAUCCCAGCUGCCAUCACGGCCACGACACCCUCAACGGACGACAUCGCGCCACUGCCCGUGCUCGCCCUUCUGGUAGACGACUUCUUCACGUACAUCCACCCGCUGAUUCCGUUUCCGCACGAGCCGACGUUCCGGCAGCGGUUUGCCAGCGAGACCACGCGACGCGAACCCGUCUUUCUGGCGCUGCUGGCGGCCAUGGUCGGCAGUCUGGCCGCAUCGUUUCCGCGCAGCGUGCGGGCGCAGCGCGAGACCGGCCCCGGCAGUCUGCGCUUUCCGCGAGCCUCCAGCAUGGUGGCGUGCUGUCGCGGCGUGGCGCUGGCAUCGCGCGGCGCCCAGUUCUACAACACGACGCGGUCCAUGACGACAGACGAUGCGGCCACGAGCUAUCUGUUGGGCCUCGCAGCCGGCUACACGUCGGACUGGCAGCUCUGCCGGCGGUUCAUGGCCGAGGCCAUGUCGUUUGUGCAGGAGGUCGGCGUGCUGGCCAGCGAGACGGACACGAACAACAGCCUGCAUCCGAUCGACGAGCAGAUCGGCCGCCGCAUCUACUGGAUCCUCUUCCUGGCCGCUCGCUCGAUGCAGCAGACCGGCGCAUCACCCGCUGAUGUCCCCAUUCCGCUCGUCUUUCUGCAUCCCAGCCACCGACGGCCACGGCUGCCGGCCGAGGUCGACGACGCCUUCAUCACGGCAGCUGGCGUCGGCAUCCAACCGCCUGGCGUCGUCUCGCUUCUGACUGGCUUCAACCGUGUCGUGCAGGUGUACGCAACCAUGGAUCGGGUCGGCGAGGGUUUGAUUGGUACAGCACCCGACCAGGCUGCCGCUCUUAUGGACGCUCUUCAGGCAGCCAAGGCUCUCGGCGAUGCUCUUCCGGAUGAGCUGCAUCUCCCGCUUCCAGGAAGUAGUAGACAUCCUCCCUCUACCCCCCCUUGUGACGACUUCUACGACAACGUAACCGGCUACCGCUACUAUCCUCCGGCACCUCUCGCUACGGCCGACGAUGUCCGCUUGCUGCUCGGCCAACAGCCGCGACGUCGCCGUCAGGUCCAGUACGACAUCCAGAAGACCAACAUCUAUGCCUCGCUGCUGGCGACACGGUCGUAUUAUGUCGAGCGCUACGGACAGCUGCUCGGCCGCCUCGGUGACGACGACGCUGCCGCUGCUGCCAUCGCGGCUGAGCGCGACCUCAUCGUUCGCUCGCUCCUCCUCGUCCUCGCUGCUAUCCCGCAGUGCAACAUGGAGCCCAACGGGUGCGCGCUCAUCAACAAGAUCCGACAGGUCGCGUCUACGCUGCUCGGCAACAUCGCCGACGAAGCUGCUGCCCAGCUUGGCCGCUUCCUCGAGAUUCUCGUCAAGCUCGAACGGAUCGGCCAUGGCGGCACGGCUGCACAGACGUGUGGAGUGGAUCACGUGACCACAGAGGACAUCACAACCACGGCCAACGUGGGCCUGGCUGAUGAGGAGGAGGAGCGGCAGAGCUGGGCGAACCUGCGGGAGGAACAGAUGCGCUUUGCGGCGAGCGGGGGGUCGAUGCUAGAGUAG